UGAUUGACUCGAAUCUUGCCACCGUCACGUGCCGUCCGUCUGCGCCUGUCCCUUUUUUCUUCUUUCAUAUUCAUUUGCUGAGAGUCCAAUCAACUGGCAGAGAAGAAACCCAGACGAAAAUUGAAGAACAAUCCGGAAAAGAAGAAGAAGAUGGCCGCAGGAGGAGGAGAAAGCAAUUGUCAGAUGAAGAUCGUCAAAGGAGACUUUGGCUAUGUGCUUGAAGAUGUUCCUCACCUCACCGAUUACAUCCCUGAUCUUCCAACUUAUCCAAACCCACUCCGGUCCAAUCCUGCAUAUUCCGUUGUGAAGCAGUACUUUGUAGACAUGGAGGAUACAGUUCCCCAGAAGGUUGUUGUUCACCUUGAUAGUCCAAGAGGGGUGCAUUUUAGGCGUGCUGGUCCUCGUCAGAAGGUUUAUUUUAAUUCAGAUGAUGUGCAUGCCUGCAUUGUAACAUGUGGUGGUUUAUGCCCUGGCCUAAAUACUGUCAUCAGGGAAAUUGUUCACAGCCUUGAUUACAUGUAUGGUGUCAACAAAGUCCUUGGGAUUGAUGGAGGCUAUAGGGGUUUCUAUGCCAAGAAUACCAUCAAUUUAACCCCAAAGCUUGUAAAUGACAUACAUAAACGUGGUGGUACAAUCCUUGGAACAUCUCGAGGGGGUCAUGACACUACAAAAAUUGUUGAUAGUAUACAGGACCGUGGGAUUAAUCAGGUCUAUAUAAUUGGAGGGGAUGGAACCCAAAAAGGAGCAGCUGUUAUCUAUGAGGAAGUAAGGCGGCGUGGUCUCAGAGUUUCUGUUGCUGGGAUUCCUAAGACAAUUGAUAAUGAUAUUCCGGUUAUUGACAAGUCAUUUGGUUUUGAUACUGCUGUAGAGGAGGCUCAACGUGCCAUCAAUGCAGCUCAUGUUGAAGCUGAAAGUGCCGAAAAUGGUAUUGGUUUGGUGAAGCUAAUGGGUCGCUAUAGUGGAUUUAUUGCAAUGUAUGCUACCUUGGCGAGCAGAGAUGUGGAUUGCUGUUUGAUUCCAGAGUCACCCUUCUAUCUUGAAGGACAGGGUGGACUUCUGGAGUUUGUUGAGAAAAGGCUGAAAGAAAAUGGGCACAUGGUGAUUGUGAUAGCUGAAGGAGCAGGACAGGAACUUCUUGCCGCUGAGAGUUCAAGUUCCAAGGCUGAGAGUGAUGCUUCAGGAAACAAGCUUCUCCAAGAUGUUGGAAUGUGGCUUUCUCAGAAAAUCAAGGAUUAUUCUAAACAGCGGAAGUUUCCAAUCACUCUUAAAUAUAUAGAUCCAACUUAUAUGAUCCGUGCUAUCCCAAGUAAUGCAUCUGACAACGUGUAUUGCACAUUGCUUGCUCAAAGUACUGUGCAUGGAGCGAUGGCUGGGUUUACAGGCUUCACAUGUGGGCUUGUCAAUGGUCGCCACACUUACAUACCAUUCAAUCGCAUUACUGAGCGGCAAAACAAGGUUGUAAUUACUGACAGGAUGUGGGCUCGGCUUCUUUCUUCAACCAAUCAGCCAAGCUUCUUGUGUCCAAAAGAGGUGGAAAAGGUGAAAGAAGAAGAGAAAUUGAAAGAACAAUUGCUAGGUGCGGCUAACGGCAAGACACCUGCAUCUAAGACGCCAGCAUUGAAAUAAAGCCAUUAACCACUGUAAUUGAUCAAUUUAUGCCACUUCGAAUCUGUUGUGUACUUUAAUACUGCUUAGAAUAAUAAUUCGGCCUUGUGUAGGAACAAUUUGAAGGUUGCCAGUCUGUUGCAGUGCCUCUGCAGUGGACUAUAACCCCCCCAGUAAAGUCUUUAUUCUUUCUGGGUAUCAGAGAACGAGAAACUAUGUUGUGUGAUUAUGUAUUUUUUUGUAUGUUACUUUUGCAUAUGUAAUAUGACUCAUUGUCAUUUGGAAACUUCAAAAACAUUUUGACUUGUUUUGCUCGAGUUGUGUUUAGUCAAUGUAUUGAAAUUUUGUUGUGUUUA